ACACAGUUCAUCUUUGACAUAUUGGUAAGCUUGACCCCUCGUUGUAGGAAGCGGGGUAUGGACCUUAACACUUGGCUGUGCUCAGCACGCCCUACGAGCACGUUUGUGUGGGUCGUGUACAGGAUAUGGUAGUACGCUGACUAUAUCCAUCUCUGGGGUGAUGAAUAUAUAGUCUCUCGAAAUCUUGUCGUAGAGGGACAUAUACCAGCUGCCGUGUUUCCAGGACGUGGUCACGCAGUAUUGUCAACUUAUCGAAUUCAAAGAAGGAGAAAUAGUUUACGAUACAUAUACCAAAGUCUCGCACGACCUCUCUCCCUCACCACAAUGUCAACACCCAUCCUCGACCCCUCUCCCUCUACCACCACUUCUCCUAUGAUACAAAUAACAACCGUCCACGCCGAAGGCGAAGUCGGCGACGUGAUAACCUCGGGCAUCCCGGACCCAACACACCUACCCAGCAUGUACGCCAAACUGCAAUACUUCCUCAACAAUGCCGACCACUACCGGCAACGCCUCAUGCAAGAGCCGCUCGGUCGCGUUUCACAAUGCAUGAAUCUGCUCCUCGCUCCCUGCGACCCUUCCGCCGACGCCGGCUUUCUUAUUCUAGAGAGUGAUGAGUAUGCGCCUAUGAGCGGGAGUAAUACUAUUUGCGUUACGACGGUGCUGUUGGAGAGCGGGAUGUUAGAGAUGAAAGAGCCAGUGAGUGAGGUGGUGUUGGAUACAGCGGCGGGGCUUGUGCGAGUGAAGGCAGAGUGUUUGGGGGGCAAGGUCAAGAGCGUGGAAUUUGACAACGUCCCUGCUUUCGUACAAGAGCUAGGUCUUACAGUCGACGUCGAAGGUUUAGGCGUCAUCGAAGUAGACGUAGCGUGGGGCGGCAUGUAUUUCGUGCUUGUAGAUGUAGAGAAGCUGGGUCUGGGUCUGGCGGUUGAGAAUAAACAUGGUAGACAACUGGUGGAACUUGGUCAAAGGAUUUUCAGAAAAGUGAAGCAGGUUUAUGAACCUGUUCACCCGGCGAAUGAGCAGAUUAGGGGCGUUAGUGCGAUUGAGUUUACGGGGCCGGUGCAGAAGGAGGAUGAAGAUGGGAGUUUGAGCGCGGUUAAUACAGUGGUGGUGAGCCCGGGCAGGUUCGAUAGGAGUCCUUGUGGGACGGGGACUUCUGCACGGAUGGCGCUGUUGUACGCGAAGGGGUUCUUGAAGGUUGGAGAGAAGUUUACUCAUAAGAGUAUUGUGGGUACGCAGUUUCAGUGUAGUAUUUUGGGUACGACGAAAGUAGCGGGUUAUGAGGCGAUCCUACCGAGGGUCAAGGGGAGAGCGUGGAUUACAGGAUACAGGCAGGUUUUAAUGGAUAAUGGGGAUCCUUUUCCAGUGGGGUUUAGGGUUGGAGAUGUUUGGGGGAUGGAAGAGUGAGAGGUGGAUGGGAAGAUGGAGAAGUGGGGCUGAUGGGUGGAUUGGAAGACAAAUACAAAGACAUUGGUGAGAGUAUGAGCAGCUGGGGUCUUGAACAUUGAUGGUAUUAUAUAUGAGUACUGUGCUUCAAUACGUGUUGAGAUUGGGAGACGGGAAGCAACGGAUGCAUCCACAGUGUUUCUCUCUCCAUGAGGUGGCGACAGUGCUAGAGAGUAACACGUAACCAAUUAGAUUUAAGUUUGUUAUUUGCAGAUGAAGAAGAAGAUGGUUGGAGCCUUCACACUUCCGAUGCUAACAAACUGUGUACAGUGACUCUUGCACUACAUGUCGUUGCAG